AUGGCUACUCCUAGUGUCCUAGCUUUUGACGCUGAGGGUCGCGCCAUUGAUUUUGAGGUCUGGUUAGACGACCUGCAGCUGUUCUUACAGUGCGACAGGGCUGACGACCUUUCUCUCUUUGAUCUCACCUCUGGCGCCUCUCCUGCUCCUGCUGCUGAUGCUGAUCCCGCUGUCCGCUCUAAGUGGGCCACCCGCGAUGCUGCUGCACGUCUUGCUGUGCGUCGCCACCUCCCUACCUCUGAGCGUGCGCACUUCAGUCAGUACAAGAGUGCUCAGACCUUGUACGACGCUGUAGUUGCGCGCUACUCCUCCCCUGCCACUGCUGCACUGAGCCGUCUCAUGCUUCCCUACCUCUUUCCUGACCUCUCUGCCUUUCCCACUGUCGCUGACCUCAUUACGCACCUCCGCACUAGUGACACUCGCUACCGCGCCGCCCUUCCUGCUGAGUUCUGCGCUAAGAACCCCCCCCCCAUGUACAUCGCUCUCUACUACGUAGUCGCGCGCCUCCCUGACUCCCUUCGAGUCGUCAGGGACCACUUUGUCGCAGUCUGUCCCACCACCCUCACCGUCGACCUCCUCGAGAAGGCCCUCCUCGCAGCGGAGAAGAGCAUCGUCGCUGUGGGUGCUUCUCGUGGUGACCCUCGCACCCCCAUCUUUGAGGGGUGCUCUCCUUCCCCCUUGCUGCCCUCUGUUGCCUCUGCUGCUGCUGCCGACCUGCUUGGUCUUGAGUCGGUCGGCGCGGCGUCUACCCCUAGUGGGAGACGUCGCUCCAGCAAGGGCAAGGGGGGCAAGGGCGCGGGUGGAGCUGGAGGGGGCGGUGGAGGUGGCGGCGGUGGCGGCGGAGGGAGUGGGGGUGGCGGCGGGACUAGUGGCGGGGGUGGUGGUGGUGGUGGCAGCAGCGGCGGAGACGGUGGUGGUGGUGCCAGCGGUGGUGGUGGAGGCAGCGGCGGAGGUGGAGGCGGCGGAGGUGGAGGCGGUGGAGGCGGCAGCGGAGGAGGCAGUGGUGGUGGAGGGGGUGGGUCUGGUCGGGGUGGUACCCAGCAGCGUAGCGGCGGUGGUGGUGGCCAGCGCUCGCAGCGGCAGCAGCAGCAGCGCUCUCGGGACAUCCCUUCGCCUCAGCAGCUUCGUGAGUGGUACGCUGGGCGUCAGAGGGGUGGGGGUACUGGUCCCUGCACCUACGUUCUUUGUUCCGGCGACCGCGCGGGUGAGCAGUGUGGGGGUGCCCACGCCACCCAGCGCUGCUUUGGCCGCCUGACGGACGCCUGGCGUCAGCAGUUCCCUGGGGCUAGUGAGAUCCCUCGCUGGGAUGAGCUUCUCAGGGCUGGUGUAGCGAUCUUUGAUCUUGAUUUUGAUGCUAUCCUUACUGCUAUGUAUGUUGUGGAUUAUAGUGAGGAGAAUGAGGGUUACCGCUGUUUCCAGCCCGACCCGGGCAUUGGUACUGCUGCGCUAGGUGCUUGUGAGGCUGCUGCUCUAGGUGCCAGUGCGUCUGCGCUCUCAGGUACUGGUGCGACUGCGCUCUCAGACCGCACUACCCUUACGCCGCUCGGCCGGCCGAUUGCAGUCUCCCUUGCUGACCCCUCUGGGGGUCCUGUCCUGUCUCACUUCUCCACUGUCCUCCCGUGUCCGGCUGCCCCUUCGGGCACCCUGUCGGGUCUGUACCUUCCCUCGUUCUCUACGAACUUGGUGAGUGGAGCGGACCUGCAGGAUGUGGGUGUUCACCAGUUCACUCCUGCGAGUCAGCGGGUGACCCACUGCACGGAGGCACGCACAGGCCGACACCUGGCCACGUUCUCGCGUCGGCCAGGGUCGAGUCUCUACACCCUGACCGUUGAGUCUCCUCCUGUCCCUGCGUCUGGUCAGGUGGCUGCGUCGGGUCAGGUACUUGCUGCUGCGUCCCGGUCAGGUCCUGAGUCUGCCCCCUGUUCUUGUCGCCUCCUGUCUCACGAGACUCUCCUGUGGCACCACCGUCUUGGCCACCCCUCCUUGCCCCGUCUUCGGAGCAUGGCUUCCCGUGUCCUUGUCUCUGGUCUUCCCCAGUCUCUCCCUCCUCUCCCCUCCGGGCCAGGACCUUCCUGUGUCCCCUGUGUCGAGGGUCGCCUCCGGGCUACUCCUCACUCCUCCCACUUCCCCCCGACAGAGGCUCCCCUGCAGACGCUUCACAUGGAUGUGUGGGGCCCAGCCCCCGUCCGUGGGCAGGGUUACGAGCGCUACUUCCUGUUGGUGGUUGACGACUACUCGCGUUACACCACAGUCCUCCCCUUGCGCAGCAAGGGUGCGGUCACUGAGGUGCUGAUCGACUGGAUCCGCGAGGCUCGUCUCCAGCUCAGGAAGAGCUUCGGCUCGGACUUUCCUGUUCUGCGUCUGCACUCUGACAGAGGCGGAGAGUUCUCUUCUCGCCUUCUGCGAGACUACUGUCGUGCACGGGGGAUCCGCCAGACCUUCACGCUUCCGGACUCACCACAGAAAAAUGGGAUUGCUGAGCGCCGCAUUGGCAUGGUCAUGGAUGUCGCUCGUACGUCCAUGAUGCAUGCGGCUGCCCCCCAUUUUCUGUGGCAGUUUGCAGUGAGGUACGCGGCGCAUCAGCUCAACCUUCACCCCCGGGUCUCUCGGCCUGCGAUGUCCCCAGUCUUGCUGUGGACGGGAAAGGUUGGCGAUGCGUCUGUGUUCCGUGUCUGGGGAUCUCGGGCGUUUGUCCGCGACUUGUCUGCGGACAAGCUGUCCCCUCGUGCUGCUCCCUGUGUCUUCCUUGGCUUCCCCACUGACGCCCCAGGGUGGCAGUUCUACCACCCCUCCUCUCGUCGUGUGUCCCAGGUAGACGCCGUUGACCCGGUCGAGGUUACUGGUGACUCUGGUGCUGCUGCGGGUGCUGAGCCUGGGGGUGCUGACUCUGGGGGUACUGUGCGCGGGGGUGCUGAGCCUGGGGGUGCUACUGCUGGGGGUGCUGGGCCUGAGGGUGCUACUGCGGUGGGUGCGGAGCCUGGGGGUGCUGAGCCGGGGGGUACUGUGCCUGGAGGUGCUGGGUCUGGGGGUGCUGGGUCGGGAGCUGCUGAGCCUGGGGGUGCUGAGCUGGGAGCUGCUGAGCCUGGGGGUACUGCGUCUGGAGCUGCUGAGCCUGGGGUUUCUCCUGCUGCUGCGUCUCGCCGGGAGCCCCCCCUCUCCACAGGAGCUGCGCGAGUGGGUGCGGGUGCUGCCGGUCCCGGAGCUGCUGGACCUGCGGGUCCUCCUGGAGCUGGAGCUGCUGAGGGCGUUCGUGCUGAGCCUGCUGCUGUUGGCCCUGCCGCUGGAGGUGUGGGUGGCGCUGGUGCUGUCGCUGAGGGUGCUGGUGCUGUCCCUGCUGAGUCAAGAGCUGCCGCGCGGCCUCGGCCGUACUUCGUUCCGCUCCUGCAGCAGGUUCUUGGUCUUUCUCCUCCAGUAGAGGGUCCACCGCCUGUCCAGUCGCAGUCCCUGCUGGAGCCUUCCUCUCCACUGCCUGCUCCCUCUCCUUACACUGGUCCUACUGGAGGUCUUGCUGAGCGUCGUGAGCCUGCGUCUCGUCCCGCGUCGCCUGUUCGUGCUGCUCGCGCUAGUGGUCGCAGUUCGCGUCAGCGUCCUCCUCCUGUCCCUGGCACGCACCGGAUGUCUCUGCGUCCGUCCACUGCUCCUCUGCGUGCCCCUUUGCCUUCUCCUCCUGAGUCCUCUCUUCCUGCGCUUGCCGACCCUGAGUCGGACUCUCUUCGCGCUGCGAGUCCUACUGUCACGCGUCUGCUUGCUACUGUCGUCACUGACCCCUCUUUUGAGUCCACUGCUGCGUCCGCUCUAGUCGCUGAGCUCGUUGACUUUGCUGCUCGCUGUCGUCUCGACUACGCUGCUAGUCUAGUUGCUGAGUCUGCGUCUGUCUGUCCUCCGUCCGUCGGGGGUGAGUGUGCUCUUGGCACGGACGUCCUAGAGGACAGGCAGGAGGAGUUACAGUGUCUAGCGGCUGCUUCACCUCAUCUCGCGUCUGUACUGCUUGCCCCUGAGGGAGACCCGGAUGCACUAGACAUCCCGACUCCGCGUUCUUACGCGGAGGCCGUAGAGGGUCCCUACUCCUCUCAGUGGCAGGCAGCUAUGGAUGCAGAGAUGGCUUCCUGGAAGUCCACAGGCACCUACGUUGACGCGGUUCCCCCUCCUGGGGCGAACAUCGUCAGUGGCAUGUGGAUCUUCAGGGUGAAGCGGCCGCCGGGCUCUCCACCUGUCUUCAAGGCACGGUACGUUGCUCGUGGCUUCAGUCAGCGGCAGGGAGUUGACUACUUUCAGACCUUCUCUCCCACCCCGAAGAUGACUACUCUUCGGGUGCUGCUGCACAUAGCCGCUCAGCGCGACUACGAGCUUCACUCUCUCGACUUCAGCACUGCGUUCUUGCAGGUCUACGGUCUCCGCCACGCACCGCGUGAGUGGCACGACACACUGAGGACUACGCUUGCGGCUCUUGGGUUUGCUCCUUCUACUGCUGACCCGUCGCUGUUUCUUCGCACCGACACUUCCCUGCCGCCGUUCUACAUUCUCGUGUACGUCGACGACUUGGUCUUUGCCACAGCGGACACUGCUGGACUCGCCUACGUGAAGUCUGAGCUGCUGAAGAGACACACGUGCACAGACCUGGGUGAACUGCGCAGCUACCUUGGCUUGCAGAUCACUCGGGACAGAGCACGCCGCACCAUUACCUUGACUCAGUCACACAUGGUGCAGCAGGUCCUUCAGCGCUUUGGCUUCACGUACUCCUCGCCUCAGGCCACUCCUCUGCCUACUCGCCACUCACUCUCAGCUCUGCCUUCGGAUGAGUCCGUAGAGUCGAGUGGUCCGUAUGCAGAGCUUGUUGGCUGCCUCAUGUACCUGAUGACCUGCACACGACCUGACCUUGCAUACCCUCUGGGCAUUCUUGCACGCUAUGUUGCUCCUGGGAGACACAGACCGGAGCACAUGGCUGCAGCGAAGAGGGUAUUGCACUACCUGUGCAGUACGUCGGGCAUGGGGCUAGUGCUUGGAGGGCGGAGUCCAGUGGUCCUUACCGGCCACGCGGACGCUUCUUGGGCUGACGACCAGGCUACGCAGCGGUCGUCACAGGGUUACACCUUCAGCCUUGGUUCCGGCUCUGUCUCGUGGCGGUCUACUCGCUCGUCUUCGGUUCUCGGCUCCAGUUGUGAGGCUGAGAUCUACGCCGGGGCCAUGGCUGCACAGGAGCUUCGCUGGCUCACCUACCUGCUGACUGACCUUGGAGAGCCGCCUCGUUCUCCUCCAGUGCUGUACGUAGACAACAAGGCUAUGCUGGCCUUGUGUCGAGAGCAGCGCUUGGAGCACAGAACGAAGCACAUUGCUCUCCGCUACUUCCUUGCUCGUGAGCUGCAGCAGCGUGGUCAGUUGCGACUUGCGUACGUGGCCUCUGAGGCCAACACUGCUGAUGUGUUCACCAAGGCACUCGCGCCUUGUGACCAUCAGCGCUUUUGCACCCAGCUGGGUCUUGUGCCUGUCUUGCCUCACUUGCUCUCCUCUUGA